AUGUUUACCAAGAGAACAGUAGUUUGUAUUGCCUCUACACUAUGUGCGUUGAAUAAUUGCAGGUGCCAUAAUACUACUAACCACCAAGAUAGUGUCGUUAGUGGAAUUGCUGGUAUUUUAACUGAUAGCAUUAAUGAAAGUGUAGAAAGGACGAAUGAAACUGUAAAAUCCGCGCAGGAUUUUAUCGGGAAAUUCAGGCUCAAUCCUGUCAGCGAAAAAGAUGUAUUAAAAGAGCUUAAUAAUGCUACUAAUGGUGAUAAUUUAACGACGAUACCCCCUUCUUCUACGUCGCUAUCACAUUAUGAUGAUACAGAGCUCUACUAUAAUCAAAAUGAAGAUAAAGAUGAAGAUAAAGAUGAAGAUAAAUAUGAAGAUAAAGAUGAAGAUGAAGAUAAAUAUGAAGAUAAAGAUGAAGAUGAAGAUAAAUAUGAAGAUGAAAACACCUUGUUCUCUGACGUUGCUGAGAGCACAUAA